AUGGUUAUUGACUUGCGGAAGGGGCACCCACACGUGAGGAAUCUGCCGCACGCGCCGCUCGCCCGCGCCGCCCGCCGCGCCGCCGCCCGGCUCGAGAAGGGCGACCCUGCUUCGGCAGAGGCCGCCUUUCCACUCAACUACUGCUCGGACGUGCUCGGCACGCGCCACUUUUGCGACAGCCUGGCGAAGUACCUCGGGCGUGCCUACGGUGGGCCCGUCUCUCCGAGCUGGCUGAUGACGACCGGCGGCGUCUCGCACGGCCUCGAUCUUGCGACCGCGGCCCUCAGCCGGCCGGGCGACACGGUGCUCUGCGAGUCGCCGACGUACUUCCUCGUGCACCAGAUCUUUGCCGACCACGGCCUCCGCAUCGAGAGCCUGCCGACCGACGCAGACGGCCUCGACACAUGCGCCCUCGAGGCUCGCUGCGAGGACAGCGGCAAGCCACCGCCGCGCCUGCUCUACCUCGUCCCUUCGCACGGAAACCCGAGCGGGGCGACGCUGCCAGAGGCGCGGCGCAGCCGGCUGGUGGAGCUCGCGCGGAAGCACGGCUUCUACGUCCUGGCCGACGAGGUGUACCAGCUGCUCGACUGGAGUCCCUCCGGCCCGCCUCCGCGCCUGCUCUGCUACGAUGACCCGUACCGCGCGAUGAAGCAAUCCACCCUCCCCACAAGCGGCGGCAGCGGCGGCGACGGCGGCGACGGCGGCGGCGGCGGCGGCGGCGGCGGCGGCGACAAUGACGACGACGACGACGAUGCGUAUCGCGAGGCUGCGCCGCCGCCGGCGCCUCCCAGCGGCGGCGAGGAGGAGGAGGAAGAGGAGGAGGGGGGGGGGGGGCGUGUCCUCAGCGUGAGCAGUCUGACCAAGAUCGCCGCGCCGGGCCCGCGGCUCGGCUGGGAAGAGGCACGGCAAGGACAUGUGCACGACGUGUCCGGGACCUCCUGCGAGCUGCUCGAGGCGGAGCAGGACGAAGUGGUGGCGGGGCUGGCGGAGACGUACCGCGGCUCGGCCCGGGCGCCAGGAGAGCUGUCCGCCGGGCGAGCGCGCGCCCUCUGCGCCGCCCUCCGCGCCGAGCCUGGCCUCUUCCGAGUGGAGACCGAGCCGCUGGGAGGCUUCUUCUGCUGGGUUCGGCUGCCGGAAGGCGUCGACGCGACGGAGCUGCUCCCCGUCGCAGAGAGGCACGGCGUGCUCUUCCUGCCCGGGGCGCGGUGCGCACCCGGCGCUGCGGAGCCCUUCCGGCAUCAUGUGCGCCUCUGCUUCGCCUUCGAGACAGAGGCGGCGAUGGGCGAGGGCGUGCGAAGGCUGGCGGCGGCGGUGCGGGAGAUGGACGAAGAGAGUUUCCGUGACGACGAGAGCAUUCGUGACGACGACGCCUCCCUCGCAGCGGAUGACGACGAGGGCUCCGAGGCGGUGGCGGACGAGGCGUCGGAGGUCGGCGGCUCUGCCUUUAGCGACGAGGAGAGCGAGGAGCCGCAGAGCGGCGGCGGGGACGAGGGCGCGGCCGAGGGCCUGGCGCCGGUGGACAUCACCGGCGUGAAGCUCAAGCUGAUUGGCGUGACGCGGCCCGGCGAGGAGCCUAUUCUCGACGGUGCGUGGGCGGCGGCCGAGGCGGUGCGCCAGGAGGGCGAGCGGAAGCGGGCCGAGGCGGCGGCGCAGGCAAAGGCAGCGGCCGAGGCGAAGGCGGCCGCCGAGAGGGAGCAGCGCCGCGCGGAGCUGGGCGAGGCCGCCGAGUACAACCCCGUCAAGCCAAAGGCGGAGCGCGCCAUCCCGCCAAAGCAAUUUUGGGCGACCGUCGAUGAGCUGCUCGCGCGCCCGCCCACGCCCGACCCAGUGGGGUGCGAGCUCCGCUCCCUCGCUCGCUCGCUGCACACGCUCACCUGCGAGAACGCGUCCCGCGUCAGCGCGCUGCGGCUGCACGCGCAGGCGGCGGCGGCGGAGGAGCAGGGGCGACGCCUCGCGGCGGCGGCCGCCUCGCGCACGCGGCGGCGAUACGCGAGGAUCCGCAAGCAGCAGCGCUCCAAAAAGGGCGGCGGCCACGGCGCGCCCAAGCCGGGCUGAGCGCCUGAGCAUGGGCGGCGGGACUUUGGAUUCUUUGGAUUCGACGGGGGUGCGGCUGCGGGUGUGGUCCCCGUCAGGGUCCGUCAGCGGUUCGGGAAACCCAAAAAAAACGG